GGCAUCCCACCUAAUGUUGAUAUAUGGUUUCCCUCAGCCCUUCAGUAACCAACAAGAUGUCUAAGUGGAAUGUACAACAUUGCAUGUCAUCCAUGCCCGCAGUAACCCUAAUUACUAUGUAAAUAUGUUUGAUGAGCCUGACUCAGAUAGUUUAAAAGAUGGUGAAAGUGAGUCAAGUGGUGUUUAAAUGAGUGAUGAUGAAGAGACAUUUGUUCCAGUCACAGUGUGAGGGGGGUGGGAGCACUGGGAAAUAUGUGUCCCAGCUGCAAUGAAUGGGUUAAGGCACUGUCACAGACUCGUAUGUGUCCCUUUCUAGAGCAACAUUGCAGACACAUAUGUCCCCUCUAGAGCACAGUCAUAUGUCCUUCCUCUAGAGCACUGUGACAGAUGCAUAUAUGUCCACCUCCAAAGCACAGUCACAUGUCCACCUCUAGAGCACUGAUACAGGCACAAAUAUGUCCACCUCUAGAGUACAGUCACAUGUCCCCAUCUAGAGCACUGGUACAGGCACAAAUAUGUCCACCUCUAGAGCACUGGUACAGGCACAAAUAUGUCCACUUCUAGAGCACAGUCACAUGUCCCCCUCUAGAGCAUUGAUAUGGGCACAUAUAUGUCCACCUCUAGAGCACUGCCACAAGCAUGCAUGUCUCCCUCUAGAGCAUUGAUAAGGGCACAUAUAUGUCCCCUUUAGAGCACUGCCACAAGCACAUAUAUGUCCUCUCUAAACCACUGCCACAGACACAUUUACUUCCCUCUCUAGAGCACAAUCACAAGUACACAUGUCCCUUUCUAGAGCACAAUCACAAGUACACGUGUCCCUUUCUAGAGCACAAUCACAAGUACACAUGUCCCUCUCUAAAGCACUGCCACAGAUACACCUAUGAGACUCACUAUGUAACCUUUAUUUUAGCCGUGAAAAUUGUGUUACUAACCACACACGAGCUUGUGAUACUAACCACACAUGAGUUUGUCCAUUUGUAGAAAUGUAAAGAAUAUCAAACUGUCCAAAGUUUGCUAGUUUCCAGUUUUGAAUAAGUAAUAAAAUAUAUAUUUUUGUUUUUCUAUUGUGUCUGAAAAUAAGGGUGGUACUACGAAGGUUAUCUAUAAAUCUGGAAGUGAAAGAGUUAUGUCUAGGACUUGAAAUGUCUAACCAAUUUAGUUAAGACUUGAGGCGAAUUGUUACUAUAAACAAUGUUGGAUAUCUCUUCUUUAGGACCAGUAGCCUCAACAGUUAUGUCUCACGCCACCGUGAUGCGACUGAACCUCGACUUCACGCAGCAGGAAGAGUUAUCCAGUUGUGCUCGGACUCUGGCCAUUCAAUGUGCAACAAAAGAUCCACCAAACUGUGCUCUGAAUGCCCUGACUCUGUGUGAAAAUGAUCCAUUUGCCUUUGAAGCAGCAUAUCAAAUAGUUGUGGAAGCUGCAACAACUAACGUUAUGACGUCAUCGCAACUCUUCACAGUAGCUAGGUACAUCGAACACCGUGGCUAUCCUCACAGGGCGUACAAACUAGCCGUUCUUGCCAUGAAAGGUGUUCACUUAGCAUAUAACCAAGACAACCAUCCAGCAAUUAAUGACAUUCACUGGGCCUGUGCUCUCACUCAUUCCCUCGGUAAGUCUGAGCUUACCAAUCUAGUGCCGCUUCUCGUGAAAAAUGUUCAUUGUGCGACAGUGCUGUCAGACAUCUUACGUCGAUGUUCAAUGGCACCACCAGGUAUAGCGACCCUGGAUGCCAAAAGACGAUGUAUCAAACCACUCUCCUUGGACAAACCUCCACUCAGGCAGUUACUGGAGGCCACCAUAUCGGCAUAUGUGAACACUACUCACUCUCGGUUGACGCACAUAAGCCCCCGUCAUUACAGCGACUUCAUCGAGUUCCUCAGUAAGGCCCGAGAGACUUUCUUGCUUGCCCCCGAGGGGCAUCUUCAGUUUGCCCAGCUGAUAGACAAUAUGAAAACUGCUUACAAGGGGAAGAAGAAGUUGAUGUUUCUAGUGAAGGAACGGUUCGGUUAACGACUGCCGUAGUUAGCUGGCCGUCUGAGACGAGACAUAUGCAAUAGUAAGGUUUGACCAAGGCAAGAGAGAGAGUUUAUAUUUUGGGCGGUCAGGAAAACCGUCAUCAUCUUAUCAGGCUUGUCCUUAUUCUAGCAUAGAGUGUUGUGGAAGUGAGUUGGCAACAUCAGCAUGCUAGUAGUUUUACUAGUAAUUAUUUCAGUUUGUGCUUGGCUGUCAAAACGUAUUAUAUGCCAUUGUUAUAUAUUGCCAAGAGCAGUAGAACAACUGUUCAAAUGUACAAAAUAUCCUAUAGAGAAAACUAAAACCAACCCCUCCCAAGGGCCACCUUGGUGGAGCUUUUGGUGACACAAAAGUUUUGUACGUACAGUCUCUCAUCCAAGUGUGGGUUCAAAUUGCAAAAAAAGCCUGUGUUCCUUGUGGUCCUACCUCACUGAGUGCCACUAUAACUGUGCCGAGAAAAUGAACCCACGUGACAAGUAACAUUACUUUUGUAAUAUGCUAGUGGUAAGGAAAUGUACAUAAUGUGAACCUGUUUGUGUCUGUCCUGUGGCUGAUUGGAAGGACAGCUCUUUUGUUCAUUUUGUUUAAAAGUUUGCAUGAGAAAAUCUGUUAUAUAGUUUGUGUUGGAUGUCUUCUAAUUUUAUUGUGUUUGACGGUGAGUUAAAGCUACAUUGUCAAAUUAUAUAGUCUUGCUAUGAAAUCAUGUUAACUAUUCGGCGUUACUGUGAACCUCACCGGUAGUAUUAUGUUUGGGAUUGAUCAUAAUGAAUUUGUUUACUCUGUUGAAUUAUGAACUUAAAAUUAUUACCUGUGUUGAUAACCCCAUUAAAAAAGGUUCAAAAUCGGCAUGAUUGCCAGAUGGGUGUCAUUUUAGAGCAUAAUUAUAUUUCUGAUCCAUCAGUUUUAUUCAUGAAUAUAUCUAUAUAAGAUGAGAGAGAAAAGAUUACAAAUUUGUGAAGAAGUGCUUUGUGGUGUAGUGAUUAUAUGUUAAAGUAAAUUUUUUUUUAAAUAAUAAAGAGAGUUUGUUUACAAUGGUGUGUUUAAAUUAAAAUUUUGGUAUAGAAUUGUGUGUGCUCGAGAAUUAACUGUAAACUUAAAGAAUCGGCUAAUUAACUGGAUCGAUACAUAUCCGAAACCCUUACUAAAUAGAGAAGGUUCCAUUUUUUACAAGUUCAUACCUGCAGGUCUUAAUCUGCGUGUUCCUACUGUGUGUUCUCAUCACCAUGACAGAGAUAGUUUAAAAGUUGGCUCAGGACCUGGAGUAAAGUUCCUGAUUUAUCUUCUUUAAAACAUUCCACAUCACUGAAUGGCCGUUCUUUCCUGUUGCUCACUAUUGAAAAGUUGAAACUCAGUAAAAUAGUAUUUUUUUCGUGACAUAAAAACUGAAAUGUGUAAUUUUUCAGGAUUAUUUUUCAAUCUGUUUCUUCAGAAAUAGAAUUGUGAAUGUUUUAAUCAGACAAGGUUUGUUGACAAAAAAAAAAAGAUCCCUGUAUUUGUUUUGUAUCUGAUGUAUUCGAAAUGGUGAAACGUUUGAUUGAAUAGACAGCUUGGAAUUGUUUGGCCAACUACUGAAGUUGAGUCAAGCUCAACAGCGGCUAUUGAACAAGUCUGGUUAGUGGUAAUGUGCCAGUUAAUAAGAUAGAAUCAGUAAUAAGUCAAGAUCAGUUCUGGUGCUACUAACUUUGUAUAGGUAAUAAAACCAACACAAACUCAGCAGUUAGUAAUUGGAAUCAGUAAUAAGUUGUUGCACUGGUGACUGUGUUUAAUUUAACCAACUGGUUACUGAUUUUAGUGGGUAAAAAAAGCAAUGGAUGUUAAGUAAUCUUAUUUUUUAUGAUUAAGUUAACAGUUACUGCUCUGAAUUAGCGCUGUUAGUUUUUAAUGGUUGGUAAGUCACGGCCUGUAACUGAGACAAAAGUUAACACGGUGUAGUAGGACUUGACGUAUACACAGGCUUCCCAGUUCCAAUAUUUAAGCUAUAAAACAUGCAUCGUACAAUAUAAUUAUAUUAGUUGUGUGUCAUACAAGUAUUGUUUUACACUUGUCUUAUGUCAGUCGAUGAAACUCAACCUUUUCAUUGUUGGGAACCCUGUGUCUUCCAUAACUGUGUGUUUCUCACAGAAGGUUAUCUAAUACAUCAGACUUUGCUGUCGCAAUACCACAAAUAAGAUCAGAGCUGAUUGUUCACUAUGCAAAGGUUUCACAUCAAAUUUCAUUGUUAAGUUUGUACACGUGUGCAAUAGGUUGUCUUGGAAAGAACUGAUUCAACUCUUGCACUUAUGACUUUCCCAGAGAAAUUAACAAUUGUGACAACUCGAUUUAAUGAUAUGCCUUUUGUAACAAGAAAUAGCUAUUUAGUACCGAAAUGCCAUAUUUAAAUUAAUUUAUUUGCCAUUUUAUUUAAGACCCUCACAUGACAUCCUAAUACUGCAUGUGGAUUUCAACAACUUAGGCUUAAAGGGAACUCUUAAGAUGUAUGAGAGUUUAAUAUCCAUAGAAGUGAUAUUUGUGCAAAAUUUUGUUUUCCCCUCUGUAAUGAUGACACAAUAAAGGCCAGUUGAUUAU